UUGCGUGCAGAAAGAAAAUAAAGCACUGCACUUCGUGGCGUUUAGAACACUUGGGUCGUAGGAUUUUAGCACCGCAGUAAUUAACUAGUCCAGUAAACAGGGCUAUACUGAAGUGUUAUAUUUCACGAACACGAAUGUAAUCGGCGUUUUCAUAACCGAACAUGGUGACAUUUACCUCUGAGAAUUUAUCGGCGACCGGUUGCCACUUCCUUACAAACCAAAUCUGAGACUUCAGCAGUAUAGCCUUAAGUCGAGCUGACGAUGUUACUUAACCAUCCGCCUCCAGACGCUGAACACCACAUGCCAACAAUUCUGUAUAGAAAAGAAAACCGACCAUCGGUAGUCGCAAAAGACAAGAAGAUGAGACGUGACCAUCAUGUCUACUGCGAAAGGAACCUUCUUGAAAACAACUUAUGUGUCAGGUUAAAAAAGCCUUACAGCGCCAUCAGCCGAGAUGUGGAAAGUAGGGAAGCAAAAGAGAUUUUCCAUUUGACAAACAUCGACGACGAAAUAAAACCCACACGUCACAAGCACACGAAGAGACAAAAAAGCACCGACACGGAUAUGGCUGUUAAUGCUCGCGAACGUCUCGUUAGUUGGGCAGCAGAUGCCGAGGCACGUCUACCCGAUAUUCAGCAAUCUCAUGGUCAUCCUGAAGUCUCUGUUCCAAGGGAGACGGUGGAAUACACUCCAAAGAAAGACAUGAUACCAUACGCUCUGAAGCCAAGAGAAGAGAGUUUUCCCAAGUUAGAUGCUCUCGGUAUGCAAUGGAUAUCGUCCAGCAGCGUCAAGAUGAUGAAGCUGAAUGGGGUUUUCCAGCCGGUAAACAAAUACGAGAAACCACGACAGAACCACAGUUCUUGUGAGCUGCCACUAUCAAAAACAAUUCACGAAUACGAAACACUGCUGUUGCCCGUUAAAGAAAAGACAUUUACAAAGUCCAGUAACCGACACGGCAAUGCAGAUUCUAGACAAAAAGGAGGAAUGCGCGUUUCUUGGACCGGCAACAUCAGCCGCCAGCAAACGGACAUCUCUACUAAAAGCCAGAACCGGAAAAAAGCGGUCAAAUCAGGAGCUAGCCAGGACCAUAAAGAAGCAGACGGCUUUGGAAGCAUUCUAGAUCAAAAGAGUGAAGACAUCGCUGGAAGCAACCUAGAACACAACCAAACGGAAGACGCCUCUGGAAAGAGUACUUUUCUCUGUAACCGGACACGCGCAGUGACAGCCAAAUCCUCUUUCAGUGACAAAGCAGAUUCUUUGUGUUGCCCGUUCAAAAAGCCAACGUAUCAUUCUGGAAAAACUAGAGUAAAGACUGUUGGAGUGAAAUGGGCGAUCCCCAGGCGAGGAGGUGUUGGUGGGGGCGUUAAGCGACUGUUCACGCAGAGCGCCCCACUGUCACGCUGCACGUCCAAGGACCUGCAUCCCGUUACCACGGCGAUGAACAGGGAAGGUACGUCGCUGGAGAAAACCAGAGGGAAGGUGAUUACGUCUUCGUGUUCGUACAAUACGCAUGAUUACUGGAUGGAAACGUUGAAAUCGCUGAAGAGUCCUUCGUUCGGUUUAGAAUCCAAUCUUCGAGGUCUGAUGAUUGACACGGCGCGUGACCUUUACGUUCCAGGUUUUGAUUCUAUGUAUGUCAUGGUGGGAGAGUCGUCGCCGUCGUUGUAGUUUAUCAUGAUACACUAAAAUUAUCAUAUGGUAGAAGAAACACACUGCCCUCAUUUAAUAGUGUUUACAGUGAAUUGGACUAAAAUAGCCAAUUACUGUAGAAGAAAUCCACAGCCUUCGUUAAAAUGUAACAGUUUUCACUGAAUUGGACUAAAAUGCCUAAUUACGUUGUAUGGGGGGAUCCUGCGUGGAUUUUUGUUUCGUUGGUUUAUGUUUGUUUCUAACACUGUUGCAAACAUCUGUUUAGCAAUUAAUUUAAUUUAAUUUAAUUUAUUAUCAUUGUAUUAAUAAAUGCAUGUAAACGUUUAUAUGUAUUUCUAAUUAAAUUCACGGUUAAUAAAUGUUUCUACUACACG